UGCAGUGGGGUUGGGUGAAAGCUUUGAGUGACAGGUUUGCUGCAGUUACUGCAGAAAGAUGAAGGAUGAUAUGCCAGCAUGGAAGCCUGUGGCACUGGCAAAAAAGCAGUUGAAUUUUGAUUCUGAUGAUGAUAUGGACCAUCAUUCUGAUGGAGAGAAUACAGAGAAUCAGUCAGAUGAAGGAAGAGCAUCCUCAUUGUCAAUCCCACGCUCAUCAUAUGGAGAAUCCUUUUCCCCUGAUUCUGCCUUUGAAACCAGCACAGAAAAGGGAAUCUCUGAUUCCCCACCUUACAGACGUGUGAAGGCAUUACAUCUCUUUGAUGUCCCUCAAACUCCAAGGAGUCUCUUGGAAAGUUGUGCUACAUCUUUGUCACCUGGACCUUUGGAGAAGUCCCCCAUUUCAAGAAGGUUAUUUCAGUCAAACUUGGAGAAUAUUUCAGAGCAUACAGGACCAUCCACCAUCCCAAGACUGCCACAUAGAAAUGAACGACCAGUAGCCAACAUUAACCCUUUUUCUCCCUACCCUGCCUUGAAUGUGGAGGGCCUUGCCUCAUCAAAGAAGCGGCCAUGGUCCGUGUUAGAACCAGAAGAGGGAUCCACAGCAUCUCCUGCUGUCAAUCUUAGAGGACCAAAGAGGCUGUCUCUGAAGGAUUUCCAUCAAUCCACUAAGCAGUUGUCCCUUAAAGAAAGCAAUAUUUUCCGUUACCACCAGGAAUUCUUAGAACUGGAAAAAAUAGGGACAGGAGAAUUUGGACAUGUCUUCAAGUGUUUGAAUCGCUUGGAUGGUUGUCUGUAUGCCCUGAAGAAAAGUCAGAAGCCUGUUACUGGAAGUAGCAAUGAGCGAUCAGCCUUGAAUGAGGUAUAUGCUCAUGCUGUGCUGGGAAAGCAUCCUCACAUUGUGCGAUAUUACUCUGCUUGGGCAGAGAAUGGGCACAUGAUCAUUCAGAAUGAGUACUGCAGUGGAGGGAGCCUGGCUGAGCUCAUUGUCAAACAUAGGGAGGAGAAGAAACCUUUCACUGAGUCUGAACUGAAACAGAUCCUUUCUCAUGUUACUCAGGGGCUCAGAUAUAUCCAUUCCAUGAAUUUGGCACAUCUGGACAUCAAGCCAGGGAAUAUUUUCCUUAGUCAUGAAAGAGGGCUAGAUACCUCUGUGGAGGAUUUUGUGAACAAUGGGAAAGAAGCAGAAGAACAAAAAGUGUAUAAAAUUGGGGACUUGGGCCAUGUGACCUCAAUCACAGACAUACCUGACCAAGUGGAAGAGGGUGACUGCAGAUACUUGCCUAAGGAGAUCCUGGCAGAGGAUUUUCAAUACUUGACAAAAGCCGACAUAUUCUCUCUUGGCCUAAGCAUCUAUGAAGCAGCAAGUGGAUCCCCUCUCCCAAAAAAUGGAGAGAAGUGGCAGGAACUACGCAGUGGCCUUUUGCCCUAUCUCAGUCAGUAUACCAAGGAUUUCAAUGAUCUCCUCAGAGUCAUGGUACAUCCAUGUCCAGAUGAGCGUCCUUCAGCUUUAGAAUAUCUAAUGGAAAUGGGGCUCCUACCUUUGGAAUAUACUGAUUGUCUUACUGACAGCCCAUACUUCAGAGAGAAUCUCCAUGCUCAUGAAAAGGAGUUAGAGCGUACAAGCUCAGCAAUCAAAACUUUGAUCAAAAAUGUGAAGGACCUGCUGAAUGCUGCCAGAAACCUAUCAAGAGCUCAGAGGGUCUUGGCUCAGAAUCUCAUCAACUUCAAAUUUGAAUGCAUUGGAAAUUCCCAGACAGAUGAUGAAAUCAUCAUAGCCAACUCAUUACGCGAGUUUGGGAGGCUCAUCAAUGCCAUUGAGGAAGAGAGAGAUCGAAUGGCAAGUUCUCUUGAGAGAGCACAUGAUCAGUUCAUUAGACCUUUAGAACAGUUUCGCAAGGAACACAUUGGAGGAGCAAAGGCCGAUGCAAGUGUGGAGAUGGAGCAGCGAUAUUUUUGCCAAGCCAGUCUUGAGUAUGUCUUCCUGCUUCAGGAGGUUCAAGAGCGGAAAAAAUUUGAGUUUGUGGAAACUCUUUUGGGUUUCAUGUAUGGCUGGUUGACCUUUUAUCACCAAGGUCACGAAGUUGCCAAAGACUUCAAACCCUACAUGACAGAUCUUCAAACUAGAGAAAACUUCAAUAUGACCCAAGCCAAAGCAGAGCAGUUGAAGCAACGCAUGUUGGAGCGUCAAUUGGAUCCAGGAGGACUAAACAAGAUGUAUGCACGCCAGGGAUAUUUGUACCUCAUGGAGAAAAAGGCAUUUGCCACAACAUGGACAAAGCACUAUUGCCAGUAUCAGAAGGAGAACCGAGUGUUCACCAUGAUACCCUACAACCAGACCACUGGGAAAAUUACCUCUACAGAGACCAUGGUGCUCAAGUCUUGUGUUCGGCGGCAGUCUGACUCCAUUGACAAGAGGUUUUGCUUCGAUAUCACAGCAGAGGACAAGCCUGGUGUGGUCCAUACACUGCAGGCCCUGUCUGAGGAUGACCGAAAGCUGUGGUUAGAUGCCAUGGAUGGGAAGGAACCAACAUAUGCCCAUCCAAGCAAAGCAUCUACUCCAGAGGAGACAAAUCUUGACGAGGCUGGCUUUGCCUUUGUGCAGAAGUGCAUUGAGAUCCUGGAGUCUCGAGGCAAGAUUGGAGGAUCGGGGAAGCUGGAGAAGUUGAACUUGGAUGACCCCACAGAAUGGGAAACCAAGACCAUCACUUCAGCACUCAAGACCUAUUUCCGAAACCUCCCCGAGCCACUGAUGACAUUCCGACAUCACAAUGCCUUCAUAGUUGCAGCCAAACAAGAAUCUGUAUGGCAUCGAGUGAAUGACGUCCAUGUCCUGGUGCACAAGCUUCCUAAACCCCACUUUGAUAUGCUCAAAAUACUCAUUGAGCACCUUGUCAGAGUGGGAGAGAAAAGUGAAAAGAAUCUCAUGACAGUGAGCAACCUUGGGGUUUGCUUUGGUCCCACACUCCUCCGUCCUGAGGAGGAAACCAUGGCUGCCAUAAUGGAUAUUAAGUUCUGCAACAUAGUAGUGGAGAUCCUCAUUGAAAAUUUUCAACAGAUAUUUCUGACAUCACCAGAGUUAGUGAGUGAUUGGGAUAAAGACAGGGACAGAGAAAGAGAACAUGUGAGGCAUUCAAUGAUAUCAAUGGGACUGAAUCCCCUGCAGCCAUCCAGGUCUCAGCCCAAUGUCCAUGCAGCAUGUCAGGCUGCUAUCACUCAUUUGCCUGCACCUUCUUCUUCUCCACCUAAUCAACAUGGCCAUCCCAUAGCUCGCCAUCUCAGCCAAUCCAAUUUGCUCAAUUCCCAGCAGACCUAUGCCACUCCAACUACUCAUGCAGUGGUAGCAUCAUACCAUGACGGACCACGCCUGGCUCAGAUUGAAGGAAAGUCAAAAGCUCAGGGACUAUAUCGGAGUACAGAUGACGGGGGAGGGGACAGCUCAUCCAGGAGAAAUGUCCCCUACAGGAGCCCACCUGCUUAUCAUCACACUCACCAUCGUCCUUUCCCCUACCAACAGUCCUCUUCUUCAUCUAGUCUCUUCCAAAGCCAACAACAACCACAACCUCAACAGCAGCCAGCUCAGUCUGGAGUGCUUCGCCAACAGUCUUCUCCGUCUCACCCCUCUCUCUACGAGACCCGCAAUAAUUUGCCUUCCAAACCUCUCCACCAGUCAUCUCUUCCAGAAGGGAAAAUGAUGGUCCACUACCCACCUGCAUACAGGUCCCAGGAAUUGAGGGUGAGGACCCUGUAUGCAUGUGUAGGAGAGAAUGAUUCAGAAUUGACUUUUGAGCCAAAUGUUAUCAUCACAAAUGUGAGACAAUCCACUGAACCAGGAUGGUUGGAAGGGACUUUGAAUGGCCAGAGGGGACUAAUCCCUGAAAAUUAUGUUGAAUACCUCCCUUGA